CACGUGUUGUUGAUUGAUGGUGACUGCUCAAAAACUUUUUUGGUUGGAGAUGUUGAUGAGCGAGGUCUAUACUUAGUGCAAAAAACUGAAGAGAGCCUUCUCAACUGUAUUAGUUUGUGCAAGCCUAAUGUAGAGUUCAACAAGAUUGGAAAUUACGUGCAGCAUUUUUGUAAAAAAUUUGGACUUAACAUAAUUUCUGCAUUUACUGGUCAUGGUAUUGGAAGCUAUUUUCACGGACCGCCGGAAAUACUACACUUUAAGAAUAAAAUGCCAGGAAAGAUGACCGCUGGUAUGACAUUCACUAUAGAACCUAUAUUAACAUUGGGUGGACCCGAAAUUGAAAUACAAGAAGAUGGCUGGACAGCAAUAAGUGUCGAUGGAGCAAGAAGUGCAUAAUUUGAGCACACUAUACUUAUCACAGAAACUAGUCAUGAAAUUUUAACCUUAUCGUAUUAAAUUUUUAAGUUAUAGUAAAAUUUAUUUUAUUCUUUAAUAGUUAUGUAUAAAAUUGUUGAUUUUACUAACUGCAAAUAGCCUGA